GUUCUUGAGUGUGGAGUCUGUGAAGAUGUAUUUUCUUUGCAAGGUGACAAAGUUCCCCGGCUGCUUUUGUGUGGCCAUACUGUCUGCCAUGACUGUCUCACGCGGCUUCCCCUUCAUGGCAGAGCAGUUCGUUGUCCUUUUGAUCGACAAGUUACUGAACUAGGAGAUUCUGGUGUCUGGGGCUUGAAAAAGAAUUUUGCUUUGUUGGAACUCUUGGAACGGUUGCAGAAUGGACCUGCUGGGCAGUGUGGGACGGCAGAAGAAGCCAUUGGUCUAUCUGGAGAGAGUAUCAUUCGUUGUGAUGAAGAUGAAGCCCAUGUUGCAUCUGUAUAUUGCACGGUUUGUGCCACUCACCUGUGUGCAGACUGUUCCCAGCUUACUCAUUCUACGAAGACACUAGCGAAACACAGGCGUGUACCUCUUGCUGAUAAGCCUCAUGAGAAGACCAUGUGCUCCCAACACCAAGUGCAUGCUAUUGAGUUUGUUUGUUUAGAAGAGGGCUGUCAGGCGAGUCCUCUUAUGUGUUGUGUCUGCAAAGAAUAUGGGAAGCAUCAAGGUCAUAAGCACUCUGUCUUGGAACCAGAAGCAAACCAGAUUCGUGCAUCCAUUUUAGACAUGGCCCACUGUAUAAGAACUUUCACAGAAGAAAUCUCAGAUUAUUCCAGAAAAUUAGUUGGAAUUGUUCAGCAUAUAGAAGGAGGAGAACAAAUAGUUGAAGAUGGAGUUGGAAUGGCCCAUACUGAACAUGUACCGGGGACUGCAGAGAACGCUCGCUCAUGUGUCCGAGCCUAUUUUUCUGAUCUUCAUGAAACCCUUUGUCGUCAGGAGGAAAUGGCUCUUAGUGUUGUUGAUGCUCACGUGAGAGAGAAGUUAAUUUGGCUUAGGCAACAGCAAGAAGACAUGACCAUCCUCUUGUCACAGGUUUCAACAGCUUGUCUUCAUUGUGAAAAGACUUUGCAACAGGAUGAUUGCAGAGUAGUGUUGGCCAAACAAGAAAUUACAAGAUUGCUAGAGACACUACAGAAACAGCAGCAGCAGUUUACAGAACUUGCGGAUCACGUACAGCUGGAUGCUAGCAUACCUGUCACUUUUACAAAG